AUGUCCCCUUGUCCCCAGGUGUCCCAGGAUCUGCCCUUCCUUCAUCCCAGUGAGACCAGUGUCCUGAGCCGACAGUGUAAACUGGGGUCUGAUUAUAUCCACUUCACAGAGUUCAUCCAACAGCACACAGGACAUGUCCACAUUCAGGACCAAGCCCCGAGUGGCGGCCCUCAAAGUUCUGGGGGCCCUCACACCAGCGGGGGCCUCCAUGGUGUGUACCUGAGGGCCUUCUGCACUGGCCUGGACUCGAUGCUGCAGCCGUACAGACAGGCACUGCUGGAGCUGGAGCAGGAGUUCCUGGCAGAUCCUCAUCUCACGAUCUCCCACAUCAACUACAAACUUGACCAGUUUCAGCUCCUGUUCCCGUCUGUGAUGGUGGUAGUGGAGGCCAUUCGAUCUCAGAAGAUCCACGGGUGUCAGAUCCUGGAGACGGUUCACAAACACAGCUGUGGAGGUCUGCCCCCGGUCCGCACCGCCCUGGAGAAGAUAUUGUGCGUCUGCCAUGGCGUCCUGUAUAAGCAGCUAGCGGCCUGGAUGCUUCACGGUCUCCUUUUGGACCAACACGAGGAGUUCUUCAUUCGCCAAGGACCGAGCGGCGCCGGGAGCUCGACCAAUCAGGACGAAGAGGACGAAGACCUGUGUCUGGGCGGGCUCAGCGGGAAACAGCUGCGGGAGCUGCAAGACCUGUUGCCUUAG